CAACAUGAGGUAGUAUAAAUAGAACGUUACGCCAGACUCUCCUGCAGGCAAAGGCAUGACUUAGACUGCAGACUACAACUUGCUGCACAUGGGAGUUUAACUCCAAACAAACACUGAAGAAAGUAUUUCCUGCACUGAGCACCAGACUACCAGAAUAGAGAUGUCCAGCACAAUUGUCCUGCCAAUGGUUGGCCUAGGGUCAAUGGCCCAGUCAGCUGGACUUAUGGAGAUUGCUGUCAGGCUGUGCUUGAACCAACGUAAAGAACUGUGUCCUCAUGUUUGGGUGCCCAUCCUGAAGCCCCUGCGACCUUGCAUCCGUCCUGCAGCUUCAGAACAGAUAUCCUCUGACAUCUUGGGCCAAGCAAAUCUGACCCACCCUCUCUUAGAUUUAUUGGAUGACUUCGAUGAUGACAUUUUGAUCCCAAUCAAGAACAAACAUGUGGUGUUUGCUGACUCACAGGGAUUGUCUCUAACAGAUGUGCGAGUCUUUUCUGACAAAGAGGAGCAUGCUGACUUCGACCUAUUGCCAUCGCUGCAAGGUUCGGGAAGCAUUAAAGAGGAUGGCUACAGCUGCACUGUCAGCACCUGCUGCCCAGGAACACGGCUCAAACUGGGCUUCCCGCAGCCCUCUGAAAAUUUUCAAGCCUUUCGUGCCAAGCUUGCAGAGAGCAUGGUUACCUUGGAGAACUGCAGUGUUACUGAGGUGGCCCUUGAAGGUACCGUCCGAGUCAGAAACAUCAGCUUCCAGAAGGAGGUGAAUGUACGCAUCACCUUUGAUUCAUGGCAGAGCUACAGAAAUGUGCCCUGUACAUACGUGCAGAAACGCUUUGGAGGACCACAGACAGAUAUCUUUGAAUUUUACAUUGAUAUUCCUAAAGUGCUUGAUGCCAAGAGGAAGAUAGAAUUCUGUUUAAGUUAUUUACCAGGAGGGCAGAGUAAGACUUUUUGGGACAACAACAACGGACAGAAUUACAGCAUUGCUGUGUGUGUGAGCUCACAUCUCUGUCGUGGAAAGAGCCUCAAUGAAAGGGCAUGACUUUCUCAGCCUAGAAAUGUUCCCUGUUUAAUGUACUAGCACUCAUGAGAUGAGAUGAAGUGAAUAAUUUUAUUAGACUUUCAUGGUUUUCACUCUGAAUUGGUACUUUUAUUUUUCAUAAAUGUUUAGGCAUCUUAGUAACUGCUGUUUCAUAGAGAAAGAAUAUGUAAAACAUGUACAUUUUGCUCACAUUGUCUUUUCCAGUGUUCUUUAAUAUAAAGCAUCAAAUGGUAGACUUUUCUGUGUCAGUCCACACCCUCUUGUCAUGUCCCAUGCACAUGCAUUUCUCUUGUGCAUCAGGGAGGGGAUCCCUUUCACUUUGGGCAUUCCCAAAUAGGUCAGAGUUUACUAUGCAGUGACAAACACAAGCCCCAUAGCAGGAGAAAAGCUAAUCUUAGCUGAGCCCUGUUUAUAGAGCUGAGGCUUGCUGACAGACACCGAUAGCACAGAUCUUUGAGAUAGGACCUUCCUUCUAAAAACCCACCUCACUGAAUGGUCCUGCUCUCACUGUCACAUUGGGCCACACUUUUCAUCAGCAAAGUCUGUCAUGCAAGAUUUUGACACCAUGUGUUAUAAGAAUUAUAAAGAAUUUCCUAAUCAUAACUGUAAUUAUUCUUUUUAAAGAAAUAGUAAAGUAAUGGAUGGGAUGUUGAAAGCUACAAUUUGGCAUUACUGAUUAGACAUUUGGCAAUUACAAUAUAAUAUAUAAUAUGUUUUUUUUUAAAGACAAAGAACAUCUGGCAGUGACUUUGUAGAGAGGUCAUUAUAAGAAGUAGAAAUAGCAAAAAUUAUCACAAUAGCAAAAAUCAUCAUGACCUCUGUAACAUUUAAAACCACUGACUUUUAAAAGUGGCAUGCUUUUAGCAUUUGCACCACCAGGCUGUAUCAAAGACAAUUUUCUUGUAAAGCAACAACAUCAAACUUCAACAAAACUAAAAAAUGAAAUCAAACACAUUUUUGACAUUUUUGAAUUUUGAAAAAGACAUUAAAAAACAAAACAAAACAUGAGACCAGAGAGCACAAAUGACUGGUUUGUCAUUCUCCAGUCUUCUCAAGCAUAUGAUGUCUUCAGUUAUGUUUUGUUACAACGGUCAUGGAUGGAUGUUUACUGUAUUUCCAGCUGUGAUUAUGAUGGAGUUCUGCAAUAAAUAUUAUAAAAGUC